CUUGUUUUUCUCAAUACUUACUCCACUAUUCAACUUUCUCAGAAAAUGACUGACAUUGAGGGCUCGCCAGCCCCACGACGCUCUCAGCGCGAUAAAAAACAAGUAAAACCCUAUGCCUCAGGGAGCCAAAGUCCGAACAAGCGCAAGCGCAAUGCGGAGGAGGACGACCAGGCAGACACACAAGAAAUGGGUGACGCUGAUGUUGAAGCAGACGAUGAGGACGAUGCCGACGGAGUUGACGACGGCGAUGAUGAACCAGACACCCGCCCUGCCAAACGAAAGCAGAAGGCCACUGUGCCGCGUAAAGCAAAGGCGAAAUCUAAGGGCCCUCCACCUCCAAAGAAACCACGCACGGCAAAGAAUAUUGCAACGAAGCCUCAGAAAACCCCUAAACCAACCAAACGUAAAGCUAGAGCCAACGGAGACUUCGAUGCAGACAAGCUGGCGACUGAGACCAAGAUUUCUGCAGACAAUCCUCUUUUUAACGCUAUCAUGAAUCCGUCCGCGGCGCUGCAGUCCACCGCAGAAGACUUUUUGGAUUCAUUAGCCCAGACUCCGGGUGCUGCUCAGGCAGAGCUUAUCAACUGUAUUCUACGGGCAUGUGGGUGCAAUGACUCAGUGGAUGCAGAUGAAGUUCUAGACUAUGACGGUGUUGUCGACUCGCUUGAUAACUUUACUGAGGGGCUGAAACAGGAAAAUUCACCAAUAUACCCCUUGACAUCCAAGUUGCCAAUGUUCAAGCGUUUCCGAGCGUCCUUAAGUGAGCUGAUCUCACGCCUGGUUCUGAGUGCAGCCGACGUCGGAGCGCUAUACACGAGUGAUAUAGUAACUACACUGCAGACCUGGGUCGUUGCGAUGAGCAGUUCACAGAUUCGAGCGUUCCGGCAUACGGCAACGGCAGUCGCCCUGGAAGUGGAGACCGCCCUGUGUCAAGUAGCAGCAGCAGUUGAGAAAGAGGCGGAAAUUGUUGGGCGACAGCGCGAAGGAGAACGGAAAAGACGCGCAGCAAAUAAGGCCCAAAAUGUGAGGGAGAAAGAUUUGGACGGCAAGGCAGCGGAGGUGAGGAAACGUCGUGCUGCCCUUGCAGAGUAUCUGAAGGAGAUCGUGGAUGGUGUCUUCGUGCACAGGUACCGCGAUCUUGACCCUCACAUCCGCGCUGAGUGCGUGCGUGCAAUGGGUCAUUGGUUUACACACUACCCUGCCCAUUUCCUCGAUGCGUCCUACCUACGUUACGUUGGAUGGGUUCUUUCCGACAGUGCCACGUCCGUCCGCCUUGAAGCUGUCCGUGCGUUAUCAGCAGUCUACGCACAGGCUGAGUACAUCGGUGGCCUCAUGAAUUUCACCGCUCGCUUCAAGCCUCGCCUUCUUGAGAUGGCAGUGCACGAUACAGAGCUAGCCGUACGCACCGCUGUGCUUGGUGUCCUAGGUGCAGUUGACCAGCACGGUUUGCUGGAAGAUGAGGAACGGGAACAGAUGUGCCAGCUCGUGUUUGAUGGUGAGGUGCGCGUGAGGAAUGCGGUGGCAGGAUUCGUUGCGGGUCUCUGGAAUGAACUUGUUGAGGAACGGCUGGCGGGGCGCAAGGUGGGCCAGAAAGGAAAAGAACGGGCGGGCGCCAAGGCGCUGGCAAUGCUACUUGUGCGUUGGGAUCGUGAGCGUGUGGAGGAAGAGGACGGGAGCCAGGACGGUUCGCAGAGAGGCAUGGAUAUGAGCACAGACAUUAAGGGGCGUACAGCGCUUGCUGUGGAGGCUCUGUGGGACGACGUAGAUUCUGCGAGCGGGUGGGAGGGGCUUCUUGAGAUGCUACUGCUCGAUCACUCUGCCGGAGGGGGCGAGGAGGAUUUGGAUGCUGCGGAUGACUCCAUCGCUGCUUCUGCGAAAACCACCGUAGAUGAGGCGUGGCGUCUGACUGAGACAGAGGAAAGUGUGUUGCUGGAGGUGCUCAUUGCGUCGCUCCGAAGAGCCAAAGCUCUCGCUGGUACUGCGAAAAAGGGCGAGGACGAAACGCUGAUCUCUGAUCUCACUCGUGCACUGAUUAAGGGUCUACCGAGGAUGUUCAUUAAGUACCAAACAGACGCCAACCGGAUUGCGAAUGUGUUGCUAAUACCACCCUUAAUGAACGUAGAAUUGUAUCUAGAGAUGCGGAUGAUGACUGCCUACGCCAAUCUCUGGGACGACAUCACCAAGCAAUUCCUGUCCCACUCCGCCCCAAAUGUGCUCAUUUCUGCUGUCGCCUGCAUCAUGCACAUUCUGUCUUGUCCCUCGCUCAGCAACACCAACAGCACAAAGAUUCUGGAGCUCGAGGACGAGCUUGCAGCGCAGCUUCGGGAUGCUGUAGGCGGACGCGAGGAGAUCGAGGUUGCUGGAUUUAACGAGGAUGAGGUGCUUGCGCUAGGUGCUGUGUGCGCGCGGGUGUGUGCACUAAUAGGGACGAGAGAUAUGUGUGGGUGGAUGGAAGAGAGUGAGGGCGGGAAGCAGAGUUGUGUGUGGGAUAUUAUCGCUGCACUUGUAGAGCGGGGACGGUUGGGGUAUAGGGAAGAAGAGAGGAUGAUUGAGCAGGGGCUUCAGGUCCUGGGACUACAUAUUAUGUGGAAGACACGGAGCUUGCCCGAUGCUAAGGAGGCAACAUCCGAAGAUGAGAAGUAUAUAGAAACUUUGCGCGAACAACGGGACUCUCUGCUCGAGAAGUUGGUAGAAUAUGCAGUUGGUACGCAGUCGAAUACUGCCGAAGCUGUCAAACGUGCAGCCUUCCAGAAUCUUAUGACAUUGCACAUUCUCUUCUGCGCGGAACAGACAACGACACCGGAUGGACGUGUGCUACCGACUGCUGCAUUGCCCCUUGAGCUUGAUGACGAAGUGCAGUAUCGCUGUGCAGGGUUCAUACAAGCUGCGAUCGAGCAGUAUGCCGAGCUUCUUGAAGAUGGACAAACACCCGGGGAAGAAGAGGCAAGUGAGAGCGGAGAAAGCUCAGGCGAGGAGAAUGUGGCUGUGAAGGGCAAGAAAGGCAAAAUUAAAGCCAAGUCGCCUGUCAUCAAAGAGCAGCCACUGACGCGCACUCGUCUCGAACAAGAGUACGUGUUUAUGGGAACGAUUUCCACGUUCCUAAGGGCUAUCCGGGCAGGCGCUGUGCAUGUGAGACACGGCGCUAUACUACUCGCGCAUUAUGGAAGGCUUGGACCUGCGUUUGAUCUUUGCACUAAGGUAAUCAUCGAUUCUCUGCGCGAAGAAGGGAUGUACCGGGAGAAUGGCGAUUUUGUGGUUGAUGUUGUGACUCAGGCACUGAAGGAGUCAUUUACACUUGUCCUUGACUCUAUUGUUCGCGGGGAAGAUCAUGUGGUUGCUCUCGCCAAGCAGCUCGGGCAGAGCUUCAUGAUCCGAGGUGCACAGCUCUCGAUUAUCAAGAAGCUUGACAGCCAAUACAUCGUGCAAAUACAUACGAACCUCCUCACUUGGAUUGUGAAGCGCAUUGGCACAUAUGAAACUGCCAAGAAUAAAAAGGCACGCAAAAUGGCUAUUGUGUUCUUCAGGGUCUUGCAGCCUCUUCUGGCAGCUGUCGAUAGCCGAGACGCCUUAAAGAUCAAAGCACAUAUGGAUCAAGUUCUUGCCCAGGCUAAGAUCGAGAUUCCGCCAUCAUCCAAAAUUUGGGAACCCCAGCGAGCGUACGAGAAGAAGUUGUCUUCAAUUAUGGCGAAGGAUAAAAGUGGUGCAAAGGGUAGAAAGGCUAAAGGCGCAAAGAGUGCAGCAAUGGUCACCAGCGACGAAUCAGAAAGCGAACCAGAACCUCAACCAGCUGAGGAAGAACCUCCCGUCCCGAAACCACGCCCCAAACCGCGUCCUCUACGCCGCCAGCGCUCUCCUAGCACCUCAUCUCUGUCGGAGCUUGAAACAAGCGACCCAGAGGCUGGGAUCCAGGAAGAAUCUAGUAAACAGCCCGAACCUGAGCCGGAGGUCCAGGCGGAGCACGAACAAGAGCUAGCCACACCGAAGAGCCAUCCUCGUCCUCAAGCAACAUAUGGCAGGUCACCGACAAAGACACCAUCUGUCCCUCCUGUAUCUAAUGGCCUGACCCCUCCACCUACACGAAAGCGGCAGAGGACAGACGAAGAUGAAGAUGACGCUGGAGAGAAGAGUGGAGUUGAAGAAACUAUCGAAGCCAAUGGCGACGUGAAUACCCCCGGAGAUGAAGCCCCUCGAGAACAGGGCCCAUCGAAUGAAAUUAUUUACAGGAGGAAACGUGCUCGUCAUUAGUACGAGCCAGGAUUUUUCGAGUUUUUAUACUUAUUUGUGACUUGUCGGGCAUGGCUUCAUCUUGCUGUUUUUACUGCUAUGUUGUAGGUAGGGAUUAGAGCCCAAAAUAUAGUACUGUUGAUCUCUGCAAAGGUCACGGCGCGGCGAAUCUCAUCGAAACUGGUUUCUUCAUUGCAAAGAUUAUCAUAAUCAUAGUACUUAAGUACUAUAUGGAUGAUUCUUUACGCUACUCUUCAAGGCCGUUUUGUCUCAGGCUAGUACGGCUGGAGCUUCUCGAGCAGGAUU